AUGGCCCUUGGCGAGAGCGAUCUUGGUGAUGACAAACGCCUUGUUGAAUCCGCAUGUCCUGGGUUGGAUGGGCCAGCCUAUUCAUUCUUAGACGCAGUGGUUUUUUCGUCAAAGCCAUGGAUACCCGCUUACCCAAUUACUCGGCAAGACCAUGAUCGCUCUGAAUCCCCCGUGCCCCCUAAGAAGAAGCAGCGUACUGGUGUUGAGAGGUUCUUGGACAUUGCUGCUGGCUCGGAUGGGGAGUCUCAGGAUGGCUCUGGAGACGAUGAUGAUUCGAUGAGCGCGUUUUUUAAUAAUGAUGAAGAUGUCAACUCCGAAGGAUCUUUUGAUAAUAGUGAUGUGAACACUGGACUCAUCUUGAAAUCUACUGAGGGUAGUCUUGAGUCCGAAGGAGAUGAGGAUAGUGAUAAUGAGCACGACAAUGUGUCUUCCUCUGGUCUGGUGCGUGGUGAGAAGGGGGCUGUAGGGCUCCCAUGUCAGCGUUGUAUCCGCGCUCUGAAGACUGAGUCCACGUCCGCGUGUGUCUUCGUGAGCAAUUACGAGCCUUGCCAGAGGAUAUGCAAGAAAGAUUCUCGCCUAGCCUGUUUGCCCCAGGUCUCCAUGCAAGAAGCAGCUCAAGUGGUCGCCUGGGUAAGACAGUAUCCAUCGGAUGAGAGGCAGUAA